AUGACUGAUGUUCUACUAGGAAGACCAUGGCUUUAUGACAAUGAUGUUACUCUCCUAGGAAGAAAAAACCUCUGUGUGUUUCAACAUAAAGGAGAAGAAAUCAAGUGGUACCCACUUAAUUUGCCUGCAGAAGUACGAAAUCGCCGUGUCAUGCGCACAAAUCAAAAGGGGACAGAAUCUGGAAACAAAGUGCUAGCUGUCCCACAGAGGGAAUUUGAACAAACUAGCCAUGAUACAGGUCUGGUUCUUGCCUUGGUGACUAAAGAGGUUGCUGCCCCAACCAAAGAGAAGUUUACACAGCCCAUCAAGGACUUAUUGCAGGAUUUUUCAGAUGUAGUCCCAAAAGAACUGCCCAAUGAAUUACCUCCACUCAGAGACAUUCAGCUUGCCAUCGAUUUGGUACCUGGUGCUAUGUUACCAAAUCUGCCAGCCUAUAGGAUGAGUCCCUCCAAGCAUGAAGAGCUUAAUAAACAAGUUGGAGAGCUUCUCAAGAAGGGGUUUAUUGAAGAAAGCAUAAGCCCUGUGCUGUUCCAGCCUUGUUGA